AACGAAUGAAUAAAACAUGCGUCCUUGGCAUUGUUGGGAGGGUUCGUGUGUGUGUGCGGGCCGCCCAUCCGUUGGUUGGUUCGUUCGUUCCUUGUUCAGUUUCACUCGUUUCGGGGUGACGUUAUCGUCUCGGCGAGUUCGCGUGAACUUGCGCUUUUUUCACGGCCAUCGUCUUUAUCUCAUCCGCAUAUCCGGCGGAAUGCACCAGUCUACGUGUAAACGAGUUUUGUUGACUGAGUGAUAAAAACCAAGAAAGAUUUUCUCUCUUUUUCUUCAGCUGAAAAAUACCCCCUCACCCCACGGUGCAAAGUUUCUUUUCGACUUUGGUCAAACAGUCUUUUGCCAACUUAUCUCACCACAAAGCUUCACCUGGGUUUUGCUGCUGCACCUUGCUUUGUACCGUAUCUUAUUGUGAUAUAAACAAUCAUUUUUGGCGCUAUCUUUUUACGCCUGCCCACCAUUUUCCGCUCGAUUUGCCAUCGAUAGAAGGUGACCAACAAUUACUUGGGAAUUUGUGACAUACAAUGCCGUGUUACAUACAUUAGUCGUACACACACAAGAAGGAGCGUGUGAAACUUUUUGGCGCUCAUCAUUCAGUCGAUUACAUCGAAUGCAUACAACUUCAAUCCACAGGAUAGAAUAGGUCACACAAGUUUUUCGACCACCGUCUUUUGUGUGCGCAAAACACCUCCAUUUUUCUCUUUGUGUGCCACCAUCUCGGGUCCUACAUGUUAGUAGAGGGGUAGAGAGCUGUAAAGAAGAAGAAGAAAAAAAGAGUGGGAGGAUCGAAAAGUCAAGUGUUUCUCAGGCAUUUCUUAUUUCUUUGACAAGCAGCGCCUUUCUCUCUCUCUCUACCCCCCGAGCUACAGGUCUGUAGGGUCUCUCUCCUAGGAGCCGCCAGAUUCUGUUCUCCCUCAGUGUCAGUAGGUUCUCUAACUCGGUGGUUGGUGGUUCACUCCGUUCCGACCUCGUGACACUCGUACUACUAUUUAGGACACACUGUUGUUUGUUAUUGUGAGAGAUUUUGCGUGUCGAAACUUCCUCUCUACUACCACUGGUAUUCACUUCCCUUGACGAUUGGCAAACAGAUUUUCCAGCAGCUCCAGCCCGCACGGACAACCUUCAUUCCCGUCUGCUUCUCUCUUUUUGUGUGUGUUGUUUUCUUCCCAACCUGACGUCAUUCCCACGACCCUGGACUGGAAAACAUUUUGUACGUGUGUGUGUAUGCAUGUAGCAACCCGCUGGAAGAAGUAACCGCCGUUAAUAGCGAAGCAGGUUCUCUUGUUGUUGCUCCAUUGACGCGAAGACCUACCGAGUCGCGGCGCCAAACGAAAUUGAAACAACAAUAACAACCAGUCAGCUAGCCAGUCUAUCCGCCUUGAUUCUCUCACCGUCUCAAGUCGCACAUAAUGCUGCAUGUCGGAGCUCGUUAAGAUCGAAACGAGCUGAACUACAAAUCCGCAUAGACCCCAAGGCGCCUUCCUUCAUUGUUAAUUCGCUCCUUGCGUCUGCUCUGCUGUGUGAGAAAAAACUACAUUCGCAGUCAUGGAGGAUCUCUUGUGUUGCGAAGCUCAAGUCGAUUACGAAUGCCGGGCCUACGCCGAUCCUGUUUUGCUUAAGGAUGAACGAGUCCUGCAGAAUUUACUCUCGUCGGAGGAACGCCACGUCCUUUCUUCAUCCUAUUUCGAUUGCCUCCAGUCGGAGCUGAAACCCCACAUGAGGAAAAUUGUCACCGAAUGGAUGCUGGAGGUUUGCGAAGAGCAGCAAUGCCAACCUGACGUCUACUGGUUGGCCGUCAACUACAUGGAUCGCUUCUUAAGUGUCAGCCCCAUCACCAAGAGCCGUCUGCAGUUGCUGGGCGCAGUCUGCCUCUUCUUGGCCUCCAAACUCAAAGAAACGACUCCGCUCACAGCUGAAAAGUUGGUCCUCUACACGGAUCGCUCCAUCAACUACGACGAACUCUGGCAAUGGGAAUUGUUGGUGUUGAGCCGUCUCAAGUGGGACAUUUGCUCCAUCACACCACACGACUUUGUCGACCACCUCAUGACUCGAUUGGAUGUCAGCAAUCCUUGGGGGCCGGUUAGACGGACUGCACACGGCUACAUUGCUCUGUGCGCCCUAGAGUACAAGUUCGCCAUGUGUUCGCCCAGCAUGAUCGCCUCUGCUUGCGUCGUGGCUGCUCUACGAAACGAACUCGAUCCGACCAUGUCUGCCGCUGAUUUGACCGUCAGCGACAUCCUCUCCCAGCUGCAAACCAUCACCAACAUUGAAACCGAAAUCUUGCGAGGUUGUUUCGAACAAGUGGACGAAUUUCUGCGAUCCUUGGCUCCUUCAUCAACGCUGAUGACUUCGUGUGAGGUCCAAUCGAACGCUUCAUUGGGUAGCGUGUCUUGUUCGACCGAGGCCAACAUUCCUUCCAACUCGGCUGCCGCCAUCACUUCAAAAAACGAGCAUGAGAAAGCCGGAACGCCCACCGACGUCCGGGAUAUUCAUUUUUGAAAAA